AUGCCACCCAAACGCACAAUCAAGAAAAAGAAAAACCCCGCCGAAUACGAUAAUGCAGACAAGGGCAGACGAACUAAGACCACAACCAAGGGCAAAGCCAAAUCCAAAGCUCCUGCCGAAGAAGAAAUCGAGAUCGUCCGUCUCAAAAGACGACUGACCGAAGAAGGAAAAUGGCGAACAAGUCCCUCCAGCCAAACCCUCUCCGCCUCUAAAAACGCCAACAAACCACUGGACCUGGAGGUGUCGUACGUUGGAAAGAUCAAGCUCCCCGAGAAACCUAGGAAGAAUGCGCGCCAUAAGCGAUGGCAGCAUAAAGGGCCUCAUUCUUUGGAUGAUAUGGGGCAGAUUCCGGAUGAUUGGACGGAGUCGGAGCCCGAUCUUAGUGAUGACGAUUUUGAUGCUCAGAUUAAGAGGUGCAAGGAGCGGAUUGAGGACAAUAUCCUUGUCUCGCGGUUUCAGGCGAAGUUGAAGCAGUUGGAGGAUGAUAAAGAGAAACGGGACAUCCGCAUCGCCAUCGAGCCUGCUGGUCUAAGCUGGGAUGUCAUCCAACGCAUCAACUGCCUAAAGUCGAUGGAAGAGGACCUUCAGAAAGAAGAUCCGUAUGAUCAGCGACAAACCGUCCGAGCUCUCAUGAUGGCCUACAGAACUAAGAAGCUGGACUGGAAUCCUGGGCUGGUCACGUACUGGGUGAAAGACCGACAGAUUUCCCAGCCUCGCCUGUUCAAUUGGGAUGAAUUUGAUCAGAUCAAGUGGAAGUAUGCGAAAGAUAUUGCUAUCUGGGUUGAAGGAAACUAUCCUCCCCAAGGUGGAAUGACCAAAGCCAAGUUCUCGCUGUCGCCCGACUAUUGGAACAAUACGUACGAGCUGAACCUUUCAUUCCGAUUCGGCGUCGGCCACCCGAUCAAAAAACUAAAGAUGUUGGACGACACCGGCGCAUCAAUCAUGGUGCUCUAUGAGCAAGACAUACUGGACUUACUCCCACCCCCUCGACCAGCCACCAUUCCCCCCAACCUGGUCAUGGGCAGAAUGACCACGCAUCAGAUCACUGGCCCAAUUCAUGGUCCUGUAUUCAAAUUGGAGGCUUCGCUGAAAAUCGUCGGACACACGUUAUUUGGCUGGACGCCGAUUGAUGUUUUUGUUUUGCCAGGGCGGGCUGCUGGUACCAGUACCAGAUUGAUGGGUCCCCUGCUGCGUGCUAUGCUGUAUACUGCUACGGCUCCGGAUCAGAGGAAGAAAAUUUUUGUUAGUGAUGAUCGGCAAGAACUGAUUGACUGGCUUCCUGCAGCAGAUAUGACGAUUCGUCACAUAUUGCCGAUGCCACAUCUGAUCGGUCCGAAUCCCAAGGGGGCACCGGUGUUUAUGUGA